AGCAAAGACAGCACGAGCUCUUUGACUGAAGACGCUUCAGUUCGUAUUUCAGAAGUUUAUCGAAGAGGACCAAUUGCAUUGAAGAUGUCACCGGGAAUUACACUUUUAUUAUUUGGACUGCAAAUUCUUGCAUCCAAUGCGGAGUUUUUCAGCUCAACCAGCGGCCUGGAGCAGCUGCUGCGCACGGAACUCAUACUGAUGACACAGCUGCAGAUAUAUGUGAAUGAAAUAAGGGAACACGCAGACAUACUUCAGGCGGAAAUCAAUGAGAUUAAAUCGGAGCAUCUGACGGCAGCGAAUAGCAUCGAGAGCUAUCUCAACAAUCCGGUGAAUGCGUUCCGACUGAUAAAGCGCCUGCACACCGACUGGGAGACCUUGGAGGAGAGCGUGGAGAGCGAGCGGAGCCGCACAAAUUACCUCGAGGCUAUGGCGAGCCACCGACAGAACUUGAGCUUUCCCACCAUGGAGGACUUUGUGGGCACGACUCUGGCGAUGACGCGGCUACAGCAGACCUACCAGCUGGACGUGGGCGAGCUGGCGAGUGGCAUGCUGAAUGGUGUCAAGUACGGUGCGGCGAUGUCGUGGCAGGACUGCUUUGUGCUCGGCCAGCAUCUAUACACGAUGCGCGACUUCAACAACACGGUGCCCUGGCUGGAGCAGUCGAUGCGGCUGUUGGCGAAGCAGAGCUACAGCCAAGAGCCGGUUUCCUUGGAUUUCAUGGAGACAGUCAUGGGCUACCACGAAUCGAUGGGCGACUACCAAAAUGCACUCAAUCUGAUUAAUCAUGUGCUGACCGUGCAGCCGGAACAGCGCCUCCAUCUACUAGAGACGCGCACACACUUGGAGCAGCUUAUCUCAGACGGCGUCAAGCGCGGCCUAAUGCACGAGGUGGCGCGCAGUCCAGACGACUACCACAUCACCCGAGAGUAUCUCAUCUAUCAGCAGGUCUGUCGCGAGGAGUUGAAGCCCACAGCCGCGGCGCAACGUGACCUGCACUGCCGCUUCUACAGCGGCCAUGGGCAAAGGCUGACCUACCUGAGGUACAAGUUGGAGGUGCUGCAUCUGGAUCCCUACAUCAUACAGGUGCACGAAGUCAUCAGCGCCCCGGAGACUGUUGAGUUGCAGCACGUGGCUCGGCCAGAGCUGCAGCGCUCCCAAGUUUAUAGUCCCACUAAUAACCAACAAAUCUCAGCUAACUUUCGCACCAGCCAAGGCACGACCUUUCAAUAUGAGGAACAUCCAAUCAUGAAGAGGCUGAGCCAGCACAUGACCAUGUUAUCCGGUUUGGAUAUGCGCUUCGCGGAGCCACUGCAGAUAGCCAACUACGGCAUAGGAGGUCACUAUGAGCCCCACAUGGACAGUUUGCCAGACUCGUUUGACUACAGCUCGACUCCGUAUAAAACCAAUCGCCUCGCUACAGGCAUCUUCUAUUUGUCCAAUGUGGAAGCAGGCGGCGGAACUGCCUUUCCCUUUCUGCCGCUUCUCGUCACGCCUGAACAGGGCAGCCUGCUCUUCUGGCACAAUUUGCAUCGCUCUGGGGAUGCAGACUAUCGCACUAAGCACGCUGCCUGCCCAGUGCUGCAGGGCAGCAAGUGGAUUGCCAAUGUGUGGAUACGUUUGAGAAACCAGGACCACGUGAGACCCUGCGAACUGCAGCGCGAUCACGAGAUCUCUCUACCCUAUAUGGACUUCAAAUAGGAAUUAUUCAAUCAUAUUUGUUUGCCAUUUGUGAUACGUAUCGGAUCAGAUUAUGUAAUUGGCCAUAGGUGACAUAUCAUUUGAUACAGCAAGCCCUAAAAGAACCCUUAGA